AAACAAGUAAGCGCUAAAGCUACCCACAUCCAUCUCCCUCUGUGCGUGUGCGCUUUCAACUAACUUUGCGAACUCCUAGACCCGGCGUCGCGCCCCGCGCAACCUCGCCUCCACCUUGGUUUCCCGCGCCCUUCCUGCCCUCUUCGGUACCUCCUUUUCCUCCAGGCGAAGGAUGGAGGAUCCUUUCAGCCCCUCAACUUCCUCGUCGCCGGCGCCCAACCUCUCCGAAACCAUCUCGCUGAGCUGGGGUCUCAACUUGACUUCUGAACAGGGAUCCCCCGUCCCGGGACCACCGCCGCCGCCACCCUGGCAGCCCAGCCGCCGCGUCCGCCUGGUCUUCCUGGGGAUCAUCCUGGUGGUGGCGGUGGCCGGCAACGCCACGGUGCUGUGCCGCCUGUGCGGCGGUGGCGGGCCUUGGGCAGGUCCCAAGCGUCGCAAGAUGGACUUCCUGCUGGUGCAGCUGGCCCUGGCCGACCUGUACGCGUGUGGGGGCACUGCGCUGUCGCAGCUGGCCUGGGAACUGUGGGGGCCGCGCCGGGCCGCGGGCGACCUGGCUUGCCGCUUCGUGCAGCUGCUGCGGGCGUCGGGCCGAAGCGCCUCCGCCCACCUCGUGGCACUCAUCGCGCUAGAGCGCCAGCGCGCCGUGCGCCGUCCACAGGGCCUGCCGCUGCCCGCGCGCGCCCUCACUGCCCUGGGCUGGUUGCUGGCGCUGCUGCUGGCUCUGCCCUCAGCCUUCGUGGUGCGCGGGGGCGCCCCCUCGCCGCCGCCUGCCGAGCCCCCGUCUGCCCGCGCCUGGCCCGGGGAGCGUCGCUGCCAUGACAUCUUCGCGCUGCUGCCGCACUGGCACCUGAUGGUCUACGCGCUCUAUGAGGCCGUCGCGGGCUUCCUGGCGCCGGUCGCUGUCAUGGGCAUCGCUGGCAGCCGCCUGCUCUGUGCCUGGCGGCAGCGUCCGGCCCAAACCCCAUCUUCAGCAGCGCCUAGAUCCGCCAGUCCUGGCCGAACCCCCACGCCCAGCGCGCUGCCCCGCGCCAAGGUCCAGAGCCUAAAGAUGAGCCUGGUGCUGACGCUGCUGUUCAUGGGGUGCGAGCUGCCCUACUUCGCCGCCUGGCUGGCGGCCACGUGGUCGUCUAGACCCGUGGGAGACUGGGAGGCCGAGGACCUAGCGGUGGCGCUGCGCCUUGUGGCGGUGGCCCACAGCGCUCUUGAUCCCUUCGUCUACCUGUUCUUUCAGGCGGGCGACUGCCAGCUCCGGCGGCGGCUGCGGAGGCGCCUGGCCGCAGUGUGCUGCCCGUGGGAGGGAACCGCGGAGGACGACGAGGGGGCCCUGGGCCACCAGGCACUCCACCGCCACCGCUGGCCUCACCCGCAUUAUCACCACGCUCGGCGGGAGCAGCCGGAGGAGGGCUACCUGCGCCCACCCCCUCCGCGGCCCCGGCCGCUGCCCUGUUCCUGCGAAAGCAUCUUCUAGGUGUUGGAUGAUCAGACAAGUCAUCUGUCCCCGCAGCACCGCCUCCACGGAACACCGAGGCUGGCCUGGGUCUGUCUAGAUCACAAGGGGCAAGCGAGUCUCCAAGAGCUUUACGCUGAAGCUGUCCCCGUCCUCCACAACCCCUAUUAUAUUUCUUUCUAAUGUUUUUAUUUUUUCUACACUCUUCCAGGUUUUCUCCUUUCUAGUUCCUCUCAUAUUUCCCCCAUUUGGAGAGUGAGCCAUUGGGAAGUUGUAAAAGCAAAGUUACAGAAUUAUCUCUGCAGUUCUUUUUCACUCCCAUAGUGUUCUGGAUAAGAUCAUUUGUUUUAGCUAAAUUGGCAAGCUUUCAUUAUUUGCUUUGUUAUCAUCUGUUUUUACUUAUUUCGGAUCGUGUUUAAGUCAAGGAUACCUUUGGGAACCAGAGAAUUUGCCUUUCAGAGAGGACUAUCCUCACACUGCUCUCCCUGAGGAGCCUAGAAAUCGUACCAGUGAUACUGUCAGAAAUGGAAUCUUGCUGUCACUUCAGAGCCACAUAGUGUUUGUAAAAUAAAAACAUUUCCUACAGAGCAA